UCUGUCUCCUCCCCCUUUCCUCACACAUCCCCAUUCGGCCAACAUGUUGUGUCUGUCCCCAUCAACAGUAUCCUCCUCCACCCUGGAUACAAAGGAUGCCGAGUCGGCGAAGACUUCGGUAGUCCCGAGUCACUCUCACCAGUCGAGGCAGCGAGGGACUGUGAUUCGCACCUGCCAUUCGAAUCCCGGGUGCCGUGGUGUUAUCUGCUCCCUCCAUUUCUGUCAUUCGACAAACUGCGAACGAUGUCUAUCUUCAUUGUCGUCUCAAACAUAUCCCAGCCUCUGCAGGAGCUGUUAGGUGGAGAUCGAAAUCCUCUUGAGGUUUCCUACAGAUUGACCCUCGAUACACAGCACCAGCAAGCGCUUAUUCGAAUAAUGCCCUCAAAAGCUCAUGAGCGCGUGAUGCAGUCAUUUUCAAACGAACUUGUCCUGAAAUUAUUCGAAAUGGGAAUUCGUCCAAGAAACUAUACUAUGAACGCAGCCUCCCGGUACCACGGAAAAUCAUGCGACAAAGAAGCCGAACAGUCUCUCACUCCGUCAGGGAAUCUCCUGACGAUGACGACUGGCCUUCGCUCGUUCUUGAAACUGGUCUUUCUGAUCAACAUGGUUAUACUCUUUCACAUCCAAAGAUCCCCCGAGCGCAGAGUCAUCUUGAAACUCUACAACCUCAGAUCUACCAACCCUAGAGUCACCCGUGGACUAGAGGCAGAGGUUGGGCGCACCUUGCUCCCUGAUCCUGCGUUAUCUCAAACAGUCUCCUCAACUGUGUUACAACCUCAAUUAGCGGUCAAAGAGAUCAUCGUUACCUUAAGCAAUGUUGAGAAUGCUCCACUGGGGCUAGAAUUCGAAUCUGUGAUGCGCCGCCCGCCAGCCCCUAACACAAGUGAAGGAAAUAUUAUAUUCACAGCUGAGGAUCUUGCUACGUGCUGCCGCUACGCGUUUCCAAUACCUUGA